UAAUUACAUUACAUAUACAUUACCAGGGGCGGACUGACCAUUUGGAAACUCGGGCACUGCCCGAGGGCCCAGGGUCAGUAGGGGACCCCAUGAGAUGCCCCUGGUACCUUUUUCAUAGGCUUUUUUGAGUUUGGGCAAGGACACAGGGGCCCCAUGAUCUCCUAUUGCCCAGGGGCCCCAAGAGUUGUCAGUCUGCCCCUGUUCCAGCCUCACGCUUUGCUGCCUAUCAGUGCCCAUCAGUGCUGCCUAUCAGUGCCCAUCAGUGCUGCCUAUCAGUGCCCA